AAACAGUAACUGCGUCUAAGUCCCACCUCUUCCUGCCGCGCCUCCACGCACGCAAGUCGGCCCCGGGCACGUUGCGGACACGCGCGCUAGCACUCAUGGCAGCGGAGGAGGAGGAAGAGAUGGACCCCCCGGACUCGGCCUCGAGGGUCUUCUGCAGCCGCAUCCUGAGUAUGGUGAAUGCAGACGAUGUCAAUGCCAUUAUCCUGGCCCAGAAAAACAUGCUGGACCGCUUUGAGAAGACCAAUGAGAUGCUAUUGAACUUCAACAACUUGUCAAGUGCCCGCUUGCAACAGAUGAGUGAGCGCUUCCUGCACCACACAAGGACCCUGGUGGAAAUGAAACGGGACCUGGACAGCAUCUUUCGCAGGAUCAGGACACUGAAAGGGAAGCUGGCCAGGCAGCACCCGGAGGCCUUCAGCCACAUCCCGGAGGCGUCCCUCCUGGAAGACGAGGAUGAAGACCCCAUCCCUCCCAGCACCACAACAACCAUUGCCACCUCGGAACAGAGCACAGGCUCAUGUGACACCAGCCCUGACACAGUCUCGCCCUCCCUCAGCCCUGGCUUCGAGGACCUGUCCCAUGUCCGGCCUGGCUCCCCUGCCAUCAAUGGCCACAGCCAUACAGAUGACGAGGAGACACCAGGCGAGUAGCUCUCCUCCUGGGAGCUCCAAGGGGUCUCAGAGCAGCGGCAGCACCAACCCCACAUGUCUGAGGUGGCAGCAGAUAGCCCUGCCCCAUGAUGGUCAGCUCUGCCUCCCUAUUCUGUCAUUUGGGGCCCCCUGGGGGACAAGGCUCCCUCUCUGGAAUAUGGAAUUCCUGGGGAUCUUUCAUUCCCACCCCUUCCUCACUGAGAAUAUCUCUCCUCUGUAGACCCCUCUGCCAGGCCAGGGGACAAGCAGCCCAGCUGGAGUCAUUGGGUUGGGCUCAAGGAAACUUCCAGAGCCAGGCCUGUGAUCUGUUCUGAACAACACUCAGAUUCCCAGAGACCAGAUCCAGAUGUCCCCUGCCCCAGCACCCUGGUCAGGACCUCCUCAAGGCGGCCAAGCACUGUCAUGUCUGAGUUCAUCCUAGCCCAUCCCUGCAUCUACAAAUUCUUGUCUCCUUGCUCCUCCCUCCAAUGAAAGUAUUCAGUACUUUCUUCAAUCAUUAGCUCAAGGUUUCUGAGACAGUUGUGGAAGGUUCGAGACAGUUGUGGAAGGUUCAAGGCAGAGAUUAGCCAUCCACUUGGCCUCGAACCUGGUAAGGCCCAUGUUUCUCUGACCAGAGGUGUGGACUCUGAGGGGCCAGCAGGGCUCUUUCGGGGCCUCUGUGGAGCAAGCCGAGCCACCAUGGAAAACAGAGUUAAGCAGAAUAUUUUUGUACCCGAUGUUUACAGAUGCUGUUGGGAAGUUAUCAAUAAAAAGACUCUGUUACAAAGGGAAGACUGUA